GAGCACAGAAUCUCCUGAGCGGCUGAAACACAGUCCGCCUUCUGCUGCACUGGAUCAAACACACCCACAGAUCAGAGACCGACACCGCAGAGUCCAGGAACCAGACCCCAGGAACUGUCUGACGUCACUCUGGGCGAUUAAUCAAAUUAAUAUUGAUGAAGUGAUUGAAAACUAAUCAGCAGCUGUCUGUGUGUCAGGAGGAUGGAGACGCUGCAGAUUUUCUUCCACCUCAGUGUUUUUACCUUCAUGGUUUCUGCUCAGCAGGUGGAUGAACCCGUCACCUACUCGUGUACAGAGGGCUACGAGUUCAACGUGGACGAUCAGGAAUGUAAAGACAUCAAUGAGUGUGAGACGCUGCCUGAUGCCUGUAAAGGAGGAAUGGGCUGCAUCAACCACUACGGAGGAUAUUUCUGUCUGCCGCAGAACGCUCAGAUCAUCAUCAGCAACGGAGAGGAAGAGCCCUCCCUAACCCCCACCAGGGCCCCGCCCCCACACUUCAUCCCCCUCCCUGCUGUCCCACAUCACCGUGGCAACUACCAGCCCACCAGCAACCAGGCCACCAGCAACCAGGCCAGGCUGACCUCCAGUGUCCAGUGUCCGGUCGGAUUCACUGCAGAUGAUUUCAACUUCUGCCGUGAUGUGAACGAGUGUGUUCCUAACAGCCCCUGCCAACAUCUGUGCUACAACCUGCCUGGAUCGUUCAUGUGUCAGUGUGAUCAGGGCUACGAGCUGACUCCAGACCAGCUCAGCUGCCACGAUGUGGAUGAGUGCCUGAUGUCAUCCUAUAUGUGUCAGUGGCAGUGCGUGAACCAGCCCGGUUCCUACAGCUGCAUCUGUCCUGAGGGAUACCAGCUGCAGGGAACACGCAUGUGCCAAGACAUUAACGAGUGUGAAACUGGACCAAAUUGCCGCGAGGACCAGAUGUGUUGGAACUACUUUGGAGGUUACCGCUGCUAUCCCAGAAACCCCUGCCAGGAGCCGUACGUCCAGACCGGAGAGGGGCGCUGCAGCUGUCAGUCACUGAGCGCAUGCAGAGGACUUCCUCCCUCCAUCGUCUAUAAAUACAUGAGCAUCACAUCGGAGCGCUCAGUGCCAGCCGACAUCUUCCAGAUCCAGGCAACCAGUGUCUUCCCCAACAUGCACAACACCUUCAGGAUCAAAGCCGGCAAUGAGGAUGGACAGUUCUUCCUCAGGCGGUCCAGUAACGUGAGUGCCAUGCUGGUGAUGACGCGUCCUCUGAUUGGUCCCAGAGAACACGUCCUGGACCUGGAGAUGGUGACGCAGAACUCAGCUCUCAGUUAUCGCUCCAGCUCUGUGCUGCGCCUCACCAUCAUCGUCGGACCGUACACCUUCUAGAAACCUGCUCCUCCUCUACACAGUUUCCAGGACCUGAACCUGUUUCUGUCUGAUGUGACGUAUCAGCAACAGCAAGCAGGAGCCUGAUGGGCGGAGUUUGGUCGUCACCUGGUCUGACUACUCUGUAUAAUCUGAUGUCAGUCGGCCUCUCCUCUGGCUUCACCCUGUCUGGAUUUUGUUGUAUUUUCUUAGUCUAUCCGUUAGUCUCCUUUUAUGUAGAAUAAACUUAUUUUUUAGUUAUAA